UUUUCCAUAUUUGUUCAGCCUCCUUGAUUCAAAUACCAGGAACAACUCAGCCAGCACAAAGCGAAGCAUCAGGGGCACACAAAAAAAAAAAAAUCCCCACCUCAACACGCCCAUCAACCAGAAAAAAAAAAGUUCAUCAACAUGAGAAAAGAGGAGAAGAAACCUCAGAACAACACGUCCCUUAAAAACCAGAACCAGGCAGGGAAGGCACCUGAAGGGGAGAAAAGCACCGAUCCAGCCAAGCAGCAGGAGCCAGCAAUGAAGAAGAAAGCCAAGGGGGAUCCCAAAACGGGCCAGGAGGAGGAAUCCCACACUUGUUGUGGCUGCCGUUUCCCGCUGCUGGUUGCUUUGUUGCAGCUGGUGCUAGGCAUCUCUAUAACAGUGCUGGGCUUCAUUAUGGCAGGCAUCAGCUCUUCUUUACUAGUCAGAGACACUCCAUAUUGGGCUGGGAUAAUUGUCUGUGUGGUGGCCUUAGUGGGAAUGGUGAUGCUUUGUGUUUCAUAUCAGCCUGAGGAGAAGACAUGUUUCCAGUUUGCCAUAAAGCUGGUGUACUUUCUACUGAGCACCCUGAGUCUGAUUACCUGUGUUCUGGCAGUGGCUUUUGUUGCACAUCAUUAUUCACAGAUUGUACAGUUUACCUGUGAUGCCGUCCUUGACUCUUGCCAGUGCAAACUGGAAACUUCAGAUCCCCUCAGUAGGACCUUCGUUUACCAGGAUGUAUCUGACUGUACCAGUGUCACUGGCACUUUCAGUCUGUAUCUGCUACUGCAGAUGGUUCUUAAUCUGAUCACAGCCAUUGUGUGUUUGUUGGCAUGCUUUGUGAUGUGGAAACACAGAUAUCAGGUCUUUUUUGUGGGCGUUCGGUUACACUCAUUAACUGGUACUGAAAUCCAGCAACAGAAAGUAUAGGAGGGUGGUUUUGGUUUGUUUUGUAGAGAGUGAAUAACAAAUGUCAGGCUAUUACCACCGUCGAAACCGCAAAUAGAUGAGUGUUUAAAGAUUUUUGACAGACAACCAUUCACACAUUUUAAAUGAAUAUAUUUAUAUUUUUCAGUCAUUUGAAGAGCAAUUUUUAUGGCCACUAUUGCCAAGGGCCCUUGUGGGAAGAGCUAGAUGUAUCACAAAAAUUCUAAAGAUGUGGCUGUACAAAUAGUCUCCAAAGAGCAUCUUUAACAGCCAUAGACAAAAGCAGUUUUGAUAAUUACUGAGAUUCCUCUGCUGAGCUUAUAUGGUAACAAACAAUGGGCCAGAUUCUUGGUUGGUGUCAAUCUGUCUGUUCCAUUGAUUUCAGUGGAGCUAUGCUGAGGAUCUGGUCCAGACUGUUUAAGUGAAAUUAUUCCUGUCAUGCUUAGGGAGUUGUGCUCUUGGAUAUCUCACGUUGUCAUUACUGGGAUUAACUUGUAUAUGUGUGAGCAGCAGGGCCGGUGCUUCCAUUUAGGCGACCGCACCAGGAUUUGGGGGGGUGGCAUUUUGCCAUCCUCGGCGGCAA